UAUCCAAUCAAAAUUGUUUAGCUUCUUUUGUAUACAUCAAAGUUACUUUUAAUAACAACGCAGAAGUGGCUGCCUUCAAUUGCCUUUUUAAAUUACAUUUUUCUGAAAAUUUAUCAUGUAUUAUGUAAUUUAAAUGUAAUACUCUAAAAGUCAUGGCUUUUUGUCUCAUGUGAAAUGACAGGAUAAAAUAUGACAUAAAAAAACACAUAACUAACAUGACUACUUCCCAGUGUUCACUAGCUUUACCCACAGAUUCUAUACAUCCGCAUAAAAUGAAUUCCCCUAUUGUGAUUAAUGAAUGGUCAUCGGCUUCAUCCGCAUCAGCAUCGCCAUCAGCAUGUCGACCAGAUGAUCGGUUAGGUGAACGAGUAAGUCUGAAUGAACAACAACUCCCAGAGAAACUAGUACAUCAUGCAUUAACAGACUCAAUCCAUACAACAUGUUCAUUAGAAACUCAAUUGUACAAUGAAGAGGAGAAAUUCAUUGCUGAAUGUUUAGCUGUGGACAGUAGUCAUCAUGGUCACCAUCAUCAUCAUCAUCAUCAUGAUAAACUAUUACAUAAUGAUAUCAUUCUGGAUGAUUUCGAUUAUGAUAGAGAUUUAUUACAAAAUCCAUAUUUUUAUACAUCAUGUACUGAUUAUGAUUGUGAGUUAGCAGGUGGUGGUGUUGGUGGUGGCGGUGCAGCAGGAUUUAAUCAUUCUCCAAUAUUGAGUAGAGGUUAUUCAAGACAUGCGAGGAAACUUGAUAGUGAUCCAACUAUUAUAUUGACAUUGUUGAAAUGGGCACGUGUUGGAUCUAGCCAGUUGCAUGGGGAUGAUGAUCAAAUAGAUAGGAUUAAUUAUCAAUUUACAAGUGUACUUCUGUUGAUUUUGCUAACACUCACAGGAUUUAGACAAUAUUUAUCUCACCUUCCCUUACAAUGUUGGAUACCGCAAGAAUUUUCACGUAGUUGGGAAGAAUAUGCUGAACACUAUUGUUGGGUAACCAAUACCUAUUUUAGCAAUCUUAAAUCAAAUAUUCCACCUGUACAUGAACGUACAACUAUUGUACGUUAUUAUCAAUGGGCAACAUUUGUGUUUAUAUUACAAGCUGCAGGAUUUUUCCUUCCAUGCUUAAUUUGGAGAUUGUUACAGAAUCAUUCAGGAUUUCAUGUUCAACGAAUAAUGCGUAGUGCACUCCGUGUUAACUGUACACCAAGUGAUUCAACCCAAACUAUAACUGAUGGUCUUGCUCGAUACAUUGACAAUGUGAUCUAUCAUAGAUCAUAUAAAACUUGGCGUGUACCAUCCUCCACAGAUAAAUCACGCAGUAAACAAAAGAUAUCACGAAUAGAUGCUGCUAUAAAAUCUGUACAAAAGUCUACUGUCUGUGCAUCUUCCGAAUCGACAACAUCCUCACAUGAAACUGGAACAGAGACAAAACUUGUUAAAUUUGAAAAACGACCCACAUCUUCAUCAUAUCAAUAUAGAACACUACCUAGUGAAACUACCACCUUGCCUAGAAGUCAUAAAAAGUCACGUGCACCUCAACCACCGGUAACAACAUCAACUACCACGCCUACUACCACUACUACAAAUUCAUCGAAAUUAAACUCUGAUCAGAUAAUUUACACAUCGAAUCUAGUUUCAAAGCCUAGUGUAAAUGUGAUACAACCUAAAGGGAAGCCAGCGCCUAGACGGAAUCCACGCAGAGGUGGAGCAUCAGCAUCAUCAUCAUCGACGUCUCUAUGCUGUAAUAAAUGCGGUUUGUGUUUUACUGGUCUUUCAAAUUUUGACAAAAGUAGUCAGAAGUCAGUGUUGGAACAACCACUUGUAUCCACAUCAAAAGUGACGUCAAAAACAACCUCAACAGCCUCAGUAAUGACGACGUCGACAAAUCAAACAAACACUCCGAAAUUACAAACCUCCCAGACAACUGCCAAUCAGACAUCAACCUCACGAAGCCGUAAAACUUCCUGCUGGCCAUGUUGCAGCAGUUCACCAGGCUUCUUCAAACUAUACCAACUAUCUCAACGUAACACAAAACAAACUACACACCACAAGCCAAAACUUCCGUAUAGAACAUUCCAUAUUAAAAAGGCGUGUUAUCAAUUCUGUUAUGGAUUAUGGUUGUGCCUAAGAUGCUUACUCACCUUGAUCUGUCUCCUGCCAGCAUGUUCAUGUCAUUGGCUGUGCGGUAGUCAAAAGAUAAAAGGCUUUAAACGAAGCAGGAGUUUUCUAUUCUAUUUAUACGUGACAGUUAAAUUGUUAUAUUUAGUCAAUAUAUUUGCCCAGCUGUACUUAAUGAAAGUAUUUCUAGGCGUUAAAUCCUACUUUUUUGGUAUACAAGUCCUACGCGAUUUGAUUAAUGGUAAUGUAUGGAGUGAAACAGGACAUUUUCCACGAGUUACUUAUUGUGAUUUUGAAGCGAAAAAGUUGGGGAAAAAUUAUAAGUGAGUAGUUUCGAAUCUUUUUUAUGUUAAUAUGAAUUUCUUACCUAACAUUAUUUAGGAAAUUAUUGGAAAGCUAUUUCGUCUUAAUUUGCGAUUCUUCAGUGGUUCUGAUCCAUUAUCCUAACGGCACUGAAUUGAAACUACCACCUUUUAGGCUAAAAAAAGAGAACCUACUGAUCAAUCAACCCAUGCAUUAGAAUCUGAUAACCCGUUAG